CUCCGCGCGUACUGCGGGCCCCACGGGUGUUAGUGGCGGGGGCGGCAGAGUCCGGGUGGGUUGUCGCGACGGAGCCGGGCCUCUUCGCCGUCGUGAGACGGGGCUGGCGAGAAGGGCCCCUCACGGAGUUGCCAUGGGCGUCUAACCGCGGCAGCCAGGCCCCUCUCUACGUGAGACCCCGGCCCCCCUCCCCUUUCUGCAGCCCGCCCGCCACCUGCGCGCCGCGUGGCCUCCGCCGGCGCCUGCCCGCCCCGCGCCUCCGUCUCCCACGGUAAGAGGCGGUGAGGGCCGCGUCGCCUCUCCCUGGAGGACUCGUCGUGAGGUCUCGGCGAGCCUCUCCGCCCACCGCCCCGCCCCAGGCCAGCGCUCCAUUGGCGACAGAGGCGGGCACGGCCGCCCUCGGGCCGGAGAGGGCAGCGGAGCAGGCCGGGCUCUCGCCAUGGGUCACUGUCGCCUCUGCCACGGGAAGUUUUCCUCGAGAAGCCUGCGCAGCAUCUCCGAGAGGGCGCCUGGAGCGAGCAUGGAGAGGCCAUCCGCAGAGGAGCGCGUGCUCGUACGGGACUUCCAGCGCCUGCUUGGUGUGGCUGUCCGCCAGGACCCCACCUUGUCUCCGUUUGUCUGCAAGAGCUGCCACGCCCAGUUCUACCAGUGCCACAGCCUUCUCAAGUCCUUCCUGCAGAGGGUCAACGCCUCCCCGGCUGGUCGCCGGAAGCCUUGUGCAAAGGUCGGUGCCCAGCCCCCAACAGGGGCGGAGAAGGGAGCGUGUCUGGUGGAUCUGAUCACAUCCAGCCCCCAGUGCCUGCACGGCUUGGUGGGGUGGGUGCAUGGACAUGCGGCCAGCUGCGGGGCCCUGCCCCACCUUCAGAGGACACUGUCCUCCGAGUACUGCGGCGUCAUCCAGGUCGUGUGGGGCUGCGACCAGGGCCACGACUACACCAUGGACACCAGCUCCAGCUGCAAGGCCUUCUUGCUGGACAGUGCGCUGGCAGUCAAGUGGCCAUGGGACAAAGAGACGGCGCCACGGCUGCCCCAGCACCGAGGGUGGAACCCUGGGGAUGCCCCUCAGACCUCCCAGGGUAGAGGGACAGGGACCCCAGUUGGGGCUGAGACCAAGACCCUGCCCAGCACGGAUGUGGCCCAGCCUCCUUCGGACAGCGACGUGGUGGGGCCCAGGUCGGGCUUCCCACCUCAGCCAAGCCUGCCCCUUUGCAGGGCCCCAGGGCAGUUGGGUGAGAAGCAGCUUCCAUCUUCAACCUCGGAUGAUCGGGUAAAAGACGAGUUCAGUGACCUUUCUGAGGGAGACGUCUUGAGUGAAGAUGAAAAUGACAAGAAGCAAAAUGCCCAGUCUUCGGACGAGUCCUUUGAGCCUUACCCAGAAAGGAAAGUCUCUGGUAAGAAGAGUGAAAGCAAAGAAGCCAAGAAGUCUGAAGAACCAAGAAUUCGGAAGAAGCCGGGACCCAAGCCCGGAUGGAAGAAGAAGCUUCGUUGUGAGAGGGAGGAGCUUCCCACCAUCUACAAGUGUCCUUACCAGGGCUGCACGGCCGUGUACCGAGGCGCUGACGGCAUGAAGAAGCACAUCAAGGAGCACCACGAGGAGGUCCGCGAGCGGCCCUGCCCCCACCCUGGCUGCAACAAGGUUUUCAUGAUCGACCGCUACCUGCAGCGCCACGUGAAGCUCAUCCACACAGAGGUGCGGAACUAUAUCUGUGACGAAUGUGGACAAACCUUCAAGCAGCGGAAGCACCUUCUCGUCCACCAAAUGCGACAUUCGGGAGCCAAGCCUUUGCAGUGUGAGGUCUGUGGGUUCCAGUGCAGGCAGCGGGCGUCCCUCAAGUACCACAUGACCAAACACAAGGCUGAGACUGAGCUGGACUUUGCCUGUGACCAGUGUGGCCGGCGGUUCGAGAAGGCCCACAACCUCAAUGUACACAUGUCCAUGGUGCACCCGCUGACACAGACCCAGGACAAGGCCCUGCCCCUGGAGGCGGAACCACCACCUGGGCCACCCAGCCCCUCUGUGACCACAGAGGGCCAGGCGGUGAAGCCCGAACCCACCUGAGGACGGCAGUGAGGAUGAGCACCUCUAGCAGCCUGGACUCCGCAGUGGCUGUGUCAGCCUCACCCUUCGUGUGCACCCGCAUGGGAGGGUCGGAGGGUGCUGCCCGCCCUUGGUGCUGGAGGCGGGCUUGGUGUCCAGCUCAAGUAGCCUUCCUCUGCUCUGGGACCAGUGGUUUAUUUUCCCGCAAACGCUGAGUGACUUGGGGCCGGACAGUUCAUAAAUAAUUGAUUCCUUUCCCCACUAAAGCAGUCGAGGAGAUUUGUAAUCCACUUUUUAGUGCAAUAAGAGCUCCAUGUUAUGCUUGUAAUAAAUUAUUUACACGGGAGCUGGGCUGGUGUGCAGUGGCAGGUCCCGUCAGAAGAGAUAAGGCUCCUGGGACAGGUCAGCGUCAGGGGCAGCCUGCUGUCUGCUCUGGAGGGCGGCGCUCACCUCUGGGUCGCAGUCCCCACGAUCAGCCAGCAGCUGUGAGAGAGGAGCAGGUCCUCAGCCCAUGCCGCCCACUAGGCCUCAGACCACAGGGGAGGGGCUCUGGCAGAAAUAGUCGAGUUGUAUUGCCAGCCAGGCAGGCACAUGGCCCAGGCAGCUGUCAAUUCUCAUGUCCCCCACGUGGCCCAAGGUGGGCAUCUUGACGUUACCUCUGCCACGUGUGAGAAGCUCUUUUUCGGGCACCGAGGUAUUAACUGCAGCAGAAAAAGACGAGCUUUUGUUAUCAGUUCCACAGGGUUGCCCUAGAGAGAAAACAGGCAAACUCACAGGUUAGAAGACAUACAGAAACAGGGCUGGUGUGUCCCCCAUAGUCUGCAUGCUGUGCCGGAACAUUCUUUGGCAGAAGGAGCCUCCGGCUGGGGGGAGCUCCCCUGGAGAUGGGACUGGCCCUUGCACCUGCCUGACCCUGGAGCUCCAGGCUCCUGCCAGCUGGAGGUGAAACUGUGCUUGUAUCCCCAGCCACGAAGAGCUGGACCAGCUUCAAGUACAUGUCGACAGCAACAUGCAGGAAGGCCUCUUCCCUGAUGGCCGCGUCUUCAUGGAAGUAGGAGAGAAGACUAGAGCAAGGAACCUCAAGGAGGGCUCGUGCUUAACCAUUGGAAAGUUGCCUCUGAGAAGAGCGGCCCUCCGCAUUUGUGCCUCAGCAGCGUGUUUCUUACCACUCUCUGUCAACUGAAAGAGUGCCAGCCAGGAUAUCUUCCUCUUCUCUAAACACUCGAGGAUUGCUGCACAAACGUGGAAAGCCUUUGGCAGGUCUCUGGUGCUCUGUAAACCACGGGAGACCAACCCUGAGAAUGGCCGACCUGGUGCUCCCAUGGGUAGGAGGGUACAGCCCUCAGCACAGAAGAGGGCAUUUCCUCUUUGCUUAUUGAAAGUCUUAAAACUGGUGACAGUUUUACCUAUAGAAGGUAAUACUGGGCCUCUGGACAGAAGAGGCUCAGGUAGGAGGCCAGGGACUUCGAGCACCCACACCAAGGCUGCUGCACCACGUCCUCAAAUAAGACAUUAAAAGAAAGGCCCACAGGCCGGAUGCAGUGGCUCAUGCCUGUAAUCCCAACACUUUGGGAGGCCGAGGUCGGCGGAUCACUGAGGCCAGUUCAAGACCAGCCUGGCAAUAUGGUGAAACCCCGUCUCUACUAAAAAUACAAAAAUUAGCCGGGUGUGACAGACUCACGCCUGUAAUCCCAGCUACUUGGGAGGCUGAUGCACGAGAAUUGCUUGAACCCAGGAGGCUGAGGUUGCAGUGAGCCGAGAUCACACCAUUGCACUCCAGCCUGGGUGACAGAGUGAGACCCCCAUCUCAAAAAAAACAAAACAAAACAAAACAAACCCACGGCCUGGGAGUUCUCACUCACACUUCCGCAAACACAAGGAGCUCCUGAGCUAGUCUGGAAACCCUGACUUGGAAGCUGGCUGCCUGGUGCCCCUGCCUGGCCCACAGUGGGAGAGGACACCUUGGCUGGUAAGGUCUGACUUACAUUUGAGGUCAGAUGUGACGAGAGCAGGCCCAUCAAGGAGAAGAAGAAAAGGAAAACCAAUAGCUGUAAAUAAAAACGUGCACUUAUUACAUUAAAAUCACCUGUGCUGUCAUUCUAA